GAGGCUAUGAUGACAUCACUGAAAACCAGUAGAACCGGGAACCUGUACUGGUAAUUUGUGAUGAUGUACCGGGAACCUAUUCGUGUACCGAUAAUUCGUAAUAAUGUACUGGGAGCCUAUUGAUGUACCGGUAAUCUGUGAUGAUGUACCGGGAACCUAUUCGUGUACCGAUAAUCCGUAACAAUGUACUGGGAGCCUAUUGAUGCACAUAAUAAUGUACCGGGUAACCUAUUGAUGUAUCGAUAAUCAUUAAUGAUGAACCUGGAACCUUCUUGAUGCACCGCUGAUAUGCGUUGCCUGCUGGGUAUGUGCACUGAUAGAGCGUAUUGGAAUCUGCGUAGAUUCUGAAUUUGUGAUGUGUGGAUUUUUGUCUGUAUCUUUGUUGACAUUGUUGUUACAUUGUGAGAGUAGCAAGUCUUUUUUUUGCGUUCUUUACAAUGUUCGGAUUCUUUUUAAGUCUGGAAUCUGUUUCAUUGUGUCAGGAAUCUGCAUGGCUGUAUUCUGAAUCUGCAGGCUGUAUUCGGUAAUCAUCAUGGUUGUAUUCUGAAUCUGCAUAGCUGUAUUCUGAAUCUGCAUAGCUGUAUUCUGAAUCUGCAUAGCUGUAUUCUGAAUCUGCAUAGCUGUAUUCUGAAUCUGCAUAGCUGUAUUCUGAAUCUGCAGGCUGUAUUCGGUAAUCAUCAUGGCUGUAUUCUGAAUCUGCGUAGCUGUAUUCUGAAUCUGCAUAGCUGUAUUCUGAAUCUGCAUAGCUGUAUUUUGAACCUGCAUGGCUGUAUUCUGAAUCUGCAGGCUGUAUUCGGAGCGGAUGAUGGGUGGUGGAGUUGUGUGGCGAGAGUACAGUCCGCCAGUCGACUACCCGCCGGCUAGCCUUCGACACCCGCUCCCACACCAACGGAAGCAGUAGCGGUGCGGCUAGCCACCACCCCCCCCAGCCAUCCCCUUCCCCCACCUCAAGGCCUCGUGUGCUGGCGGUGGUGGGUCCAGUGUCUAGUCAGUAGUGGCCCACUGGUGUGGCCCACGGCACUGCAUGGCACCUCAGUUGCGGCCCACUGACCCAAGCCCACUGCUGCCGAAGUUGAUGGCCGCUAUUUUAAGGCCUUAGCAAGCGGCGGCCUAUUGAAGCCCAUCACGUCUGUCUUACGACCCCCCCGCAUGAUACAAUGGCGACGGACGCGCAGCGGCGGCAGUUGUGUCCGCGGCUGCUGGACUACAUGGUGGUGGUGGGGGCUCGCAGCCCGUCCAGAGCUGCGCCCGUCCAGCCCCCAGAGCUACUGCGCAGGUACCCCCCAGACGACCACAAGGACUUUCCUCUGCCCCUGGACGUGAUAUACUUCUGUCAGCCUGAAGGAUGUGUCUCUGUGGGACCCAGGAAGACGUCUCUGAGGGAGGCCACCUCCUUCGUCUUCACCCUCUGCGACAAGGAUUCCGGUAAAACUCGAUAUGGCAUCUGUGUUAACUUCUAUCGUGCUGUUGAAAGAGGGACUGCCGGUGGCUUAUCGACAACAAGAGGACGAGAUCGAGGGUCAUCCUUCAAGCGUGAAUCUUGGAGAACUAGCUUAGACAAGAGUUCUGAUUCUGCCUUUUCUAGUUUUGACAAGAUAAAGCUCACAUCAGCUUGUUUGGUUCCCUGCAGCGACCAGCGUUCAACCUUAGCACCGAGUGACAGUGAGAGAGAUUGUCCACCCUCUCGCCGGGAUUCAGAGUCCACUUCACCAGCAUCUCGCCUCGGCGUCAAUGUUCCCGCUAAUGAUUCUGACACAGGAGGCUCUCACUCUCCUUCACCCAGAGCUGCCAGGAAGAGACAGCGUGUUCGGAAUCACUCUCUUACUUCAUUGUGCAUUCUGUCGCACCAUCCAUUCUUUAGCGCCUUCCGUGAGUGUCUCUUUUUGUUACGAAGAAUGAUUGAUGCCUGUAAUGAAAAUGCCUCUCCAAGAAGAGUUGGAGCCUCCCGUCAAAACAAUAGAGACACAGUGUGGAGUGUUAUGACCGGCCGGCCACACGAUGGUGUUCCCAGUAUUGUUAUGCACGACGUCCGUGAGAUUGAGACGUGGAUCUUGCGCCUUCUCUCUGCUCCUGUGUGUGUCCCUGGCAAAACGAGAGUCGAGUUGGAGUUGUUGCCGAGAGAACUGCAUGCUCCACUGACAUUUGCAUUACCAGACCAUACACGCUUCUCUCUUAUUGACUUCCCUCUUCAUUUGCCACUCGAGCUCCUUGGCGUCGAGUCUUGUCUCAAAGUACUCACAAUCAUCUUUCUUGAGCAGAAGGUGUUGUUACAGUCUCGGGACAACAAUGCUCUUUCAAUGUCCGUGCUGGCCUUCGUGAGAAUGAUCUACCCUCUUGAGUACAUGUUCCCGAUCAUUCCUCUGCUACCUACCUGUAUGAGUUGCUCUGAACAGCUCCUGCUGGCCCCAACUCCAUUUAUUAUUGGAAUUCCAGCUUCAUUUCUUCUUUACAAGAAGCAUUUUGGGCUUCCGGACGAUGUGUGGUUGGUAGACCUGGACGCCAACAAGAUCACAUCACCUCCAGCCUGUGAUGAUAUUCCUCCACUCCCAGAACCAGAAUGUACCAUUCUGAAGAACCAUCUAAAGCAGGCUAUAAAAUCUAUGGAUGAGGCCCUGGCGAGCAUGUCCCCUCAGCCGCCCCCAGCCAGGAGUCAGGAGGAGGUGCACCGAGAGAAGGCUCACCAACAAUACUCCCCGGCCUCUCAUUACAAUCCAUUCAUAUACGGUAAUGAUGUGGAUUCUGUUGACAUUGCCACAAGAGUUGCAAUGGUGCGAUUUUUCAAUUCUCAAAACAUUCUUGCCAACUUCACUGAACAUACUCGCACUCUCCGUCUGUACCCAAGACCUGUGGUAGCUUUCCAAAUAAACUCUUUCUUGAGGUCCAGACCCAGAGCUACACCAUUCCUCAACAUGUUUGCUCGCACACAGGCAGUAGAAUUUCUAGCAGAGUGGUCCCUCACACCUUCAAAUAUGGCCUUUCUCAGAGUAAACACUGGCGUCUUUGAUCCUACGCUAAUAGGUGAUAAAAGCAAGUGGUAUGCCCACACCUUAGAGCCUAUUGGCUUUAGAGUGUGGCAGGAUGGCAGCUCUCUUGGUGCAACGCUCAGAGCAGGCACACAAGUUGAUAAUCCUCCCACAGAUGAGAGUGGCAGUGACUCAGAGGGUGGGGAAAGUACCAGCAGCUCUUAUUCAUCUUUAAGUGAUUUUGUAUCAGAUAUGCAGUCCUCAGACCUCUCCCCAGGGUGUGGGGCAGCAACAGAAAAAGAGAAGGCCACAUUGUGCUCUGGUCUUGACCCUCGAUCAGUUUGUCAUCCUCCUUCCUGUCUUCAGCUUCCUGGAGCUCAGUCCUCAGAUUCUGGUAAGUUACGGUCUAAACUAUGUCUGUUUGCCAGGGGGGGGGGACCUUUGACAAGCCGCCAGCUUCCUGUCCUUGUCGAUGCCACAAGGCAAUUUUUGUGUCAGAAAGAGUUGAAUGAAUCCAAGAACAGUGCGAAAUACUGUGUUAAAUCCCUGUCAACUUCCUCAUCACGUUCAUCAUUGUCCUCUGCUGACCAGAGAGAUGAUGAUGAUGAAGAAGAAACAGGAGAAGGUGUGAUGAAACUAGAAGAUGCUGAGAACCUCAUAGCUCCCACACCCACGCUGCAUCCUCUGCCUCUACGGACAGAAGCACUGGAGAAAAGUGAUGAAGUCUUCACACCCGAGAGUGACUCUGCAACAACAACACCAAAGACAGUGGUGAGCAAUACUCAGUCUCCACUUCCCCAUAUAAGCCCUACCCCCUCUGUCAGUAGCGAUGCCUCCAUAGCGACCUCCUCCUCAGAGCGUGACCGACCUGCCACUCCACGGCCUAGGACAUUCUCUAAGGGGGCUAGUCCAACACCCCAGAAGCAGAGCUCGUUCAGCAGCAUGCUGGCCCGAGCCUCCAGUCUUGGGUCGGGGAGCUCAGGUGGCGGACCGACAAGACAGUGCUCACAGAACUCGCUGUUAGAUCAGUUUACCUCUUCUGCCAAAGAACUGAUCAAGGACAAACAGAACUCACAAGAGGGAUCCUUCCUGUCACAAGUAGAUAAGUUAACGGAACAGUUUCGUAGUCAAGUGACGGAGCGUCUAGAGGUAGUGAAGCAGAGUAGUGGUGAGGAAGGCUCACUUCUCAACCAGAUGGAUAAGUCCAACCCUGAGGCAAGUGGCCAUCCGCAAAAGGAAAGACAAGAAGAUGCAACUUCUUUCUCCAGUUUUACUGAUCAGCUGACAGUGCAAGCGAAGCGGGUAGCAGAGGAAGCCUCAAAAUCUGUGUCAGUAGCCGGCAAGCAAGCUAUGGAAGCUAGCAAGCAAGCUCAACAGGCCAGCAAGUCAACAUUUGAAGAUCUGUCAUUCAUGGGAAAACACACCUUUGGAGACAUAUCCAAAACAGCACGAGAGGCAGCCAAGAAGGGUAGCAUUUUCUCCAAGGUCAGCCUCAAGGCCUUGGAACUUCGAGACUCUUCUUUUGAUGGAAAGUUAAGUGGAAUUGGUCCAGCCAUCGGCAGUAGUGGUGCCAUCGAAGUUGGUGGAGGUGGAGGAGGAGGAGGAGGAGGAGGUAUGAUGAAUACAGCAGGAGAGAUGGGUACUAGAGGAGGAGGAGGAGGUGGAGGUGGUACAGGUGGUGCAGGAGGAGGAGGAGGUGGUGCAGGAGGAGGAGGAGGUGGUGCAGGAGGAGGAGGAGGAGGUGCAGGAGUAGGAGGAGCAGCAGCAACAGGAGGAGCAGGAAGAGGAGUAUCUGGUGGUUUGGGAGUGCCACCACCUAUCCCUCAUAGAACAUCACCCACUAGUGUGCCUUCUUCAUCCCCGCCUACACACCUGAGGGGCUUGCCUCCCCCACCCCCUCCAAGAUCACCCAAACCAUCACUCCAGAGUCAAUCAUCCAUUCCUACACAGUUACCCAACCAGCCCCAGAUGAGUCCUGCCCAUGCACAAACUAGUAGGAAUGGUGCCUCGCCGGGAAGACAGUCUGUUGUCAGUUCCUCUGGCCCUAGCAUGAUGGGUCCAGACAGCAGUAGCUUCCACAGCAGCACUGGAGGUGUUGGUGCAAGUGACGGGAGUGAAGGUGGUGGUGUCGGAGGUGUCAUUACUCGCCGCCAGAGUACGGCCAGCAGUGCUGGGGCUCGCUCUCCUACAAUGACAUCUUCCACUUCCAGAGAUUUUCUUUCAAAUGUUAGCUCUGAACUUAAUGAUUUUGCACAGCAGACGUCAAGCUUAUUUAGUGACAUAUUUGGUGCACGUGGACCUGGGAGUCGCAGUGUGAGUCCCUCCAAUCUAGGCGCAGGCACCACCAGGACCAGGGACAGGGCGCAGCCUUUUGGACCUUUCCCCAAAGGACGUAAGGGCUUAGUGGAAAAGUCUUCACUGAUUCGACAUUCUGUCUCAGCUCAAAGGCGUGCUGAACUUAAUAAAAUUGCCAGCAUAGAGCAGAGAACAACUUCAGCUUCAGAAAAUCAAGCUUUCUUAAAAGAUGUUUUGACACAGGUGAUUGAGGGUGAAGGUAUUGGUUGGCUAAAACUGAACCGUGUGAGAAAAUUGAUGGAAGAUGAGAGUUACCGUAUGUUGGUCGUGUCGGGACUUAAUCGCACUCUUGAAAGAAAGAUAGGACCGGAUGAUCAUAUAAACGAUGUUUGUGUUAAGAAACCUGUUUGGAAGGGAAUGCUGAAGUUAAUCAAUGCUGUAGUUGCUGGUUUGGAAGUGACUUACAAUAACUUUGGUGUAGGAGGGACAUCUUCAGCCCUCCAAGCUCUGGAAAUUUCCCAUACUCAUUACUGGAGCCGGGACCUCUCUGACCCACAUGCCCUCGAGAUGUCAGGUGGCUCUUCUGCCCUCUCUCAGUCUUCCAGUCCCUUGGGCAGCCUGGAGAACCUGCGGUCCCCAGGCAGUCCCAGAGGCUCGCCCCUUCCUCCUCACUCACCUCAGCCGCCAUAUGAAAGUUCGGACUGUUCUCGAAAAUCCUCGCAGUCUGAUAGUCCGUUUCUUUCAUCUGGUCCUCGUGUGGUUCAUGACCCUCUUAGGUCACCAGAAACUGAAACUGCUGAGUCAGCCGCCUCGGAUGUUUUACGUGACAUCCUGGUGCAGAAGAGGCACGUUUUACUCUCAAAGCUACAAUCUCAAGACUCUGAAGCAGGAGACACACUACAGGGGUCCGAGGGGCCUCCUUCAUGUGGUGCUAGUGAUACGGGUUCCAUCAUAACAAACCCUGCUUUCCAGCGGCAACGUCUCUCGCAUCAAUCAUUUCGAUCCACUGUCUCUGAUUCUGAAAUUGAGCAAGGCAAUUUUCCUCGGGGCUCCAAGAGAACGUCCAGUAUGUGGUCAAGCAAGUCGUCCCUUUCAACCGGGUUCAGAUAUCACGCUGGUAAUAUGAUUCCCACAUCCACUACUCCCUCUCCAGACUCAGGAAGAACUUACCUCUUUGAAGGUCUUAUAGGUAAGGAGCGAUCACCAUUAUGGGACCAGAUGCAGUUUUGGGAAGAUUGCUUCCUUGAUGCUGUUGCCCAAGAGAGAGAUAUGGUGGGUAUGGAUCAGGGACCCAGUGAAAUGAUGGAAAGAUACAAUAAUCUGAGUGAGUCUGAACGCAAGCGCUUGGAGCAUGAGGAGGACAGAUUGCUAUCCACAAUGCUCUACAACCUCGUAGCCUUUAUGGUAAUGGUCAAUGUUCGAAAAGAAGAUAUCAAAAGGAAGGUGCGCAGGCUACUUGGCAAGUCACACAUUGGUCUUGUGUACAGUCAAGAAGUCAACGAGUUGCUUGACCAGAUAAAUAACUUGCAUGGUAAUGACAUUGACUUAAGACCUCUGGGAUCACGGCAGAUGCACCGCCAGAGCUUUACUGUCCACUCUGGUACUGAUGCAUCAGGAGACCUACUUUUCCUAGAAGUUCGUGAUGAUGGCCUUAUUUUGAGAUCAGUUGGAGGAGUUAUUGUUGAGCGGUGGUGGUUUGAGCGGCUAGUCAACAUGACAUACUCACCCAAGAAUAAAGUUCUCUGCUUGUGGCGCCGUAAUGGAGGCCAAACCCAGCUACACAAAUACUACACAAAAAAGUGUAAAGACCUUUACUACUGCAUUAAAGAGUCCAUGGAACGAGCUGCAGCAAGAGGUGUUGGAGCCCUACCUGGUGUAGAGCUUGGUGGAGAGUUUCCUGUUCAAGAUAUGAAAACUGGUGAAGGUGGCCUCCUGCAGGUGUGCAUGGAGGGUGUGGGACUACUCUUCGCAACCAGCAAGGAUUUCGAGUUCUUCGUUCGAUUGGACCAUAUCAGAAAGUGCUUCACUCAGAAGGGAGGAGUAUUUGUGUUGGAGGAGUACAAUCCUAAAACCCGGCAUGUCAUACAACGCAAGUAUAAAUCUGCAAUGGCAGAUCAGAUUUGCUAUGCAGUGUUGUGUGUGUUCUCAUAUAUGGCUGCUGGCAGUGAGCAGAAAAAAAUGGAAGUGGCCCAAGAGCAUGCCAAGCUUGCUGCCGCCGCUGCUGCUGCCGCCGCUGCUGCUGCUGCUGCUGCUGCUGCUGCUGCUGCUCAUAGGAGGCAAUGAAUAAGCAAUUAGAUUCCUGUAACUAUGGUUUUAUAUAGUAUGACCAAGUAUUUUAUAUUGAAAAAAUGUACAUUAAAAUAUUCAUGAUCAGAUAAUUGUGAUGCCAUUUAAAUUUAUACGAGUUUACUUGAAAAUAAUUUUUUUUUUCAAUUUUGUAAGUACAGUAAUGAAUAUUAUACAUAUAUUGAUCGUUCACUACUUUAAAUUAUAACUAUGAUCAAAAUGCAAUAAAUCUUAUAGUACUGUAGUAUUACAGGUGUAGUGUGUAGUGGUAAAUACGAAAUUUAUCAUGAAUAUGAUGCUAUAAAAAAUUUUGGUAUAAUAAAGUUCAAACUUUUACUUGGUAAUUUGUAUUUUUUUUUUUUUUAUACAUUUUUGUGUGUCUCGGAUAAACUACUCUGCUUUACUGAAUUGCAUAUUUUAUUGGAUUCCAAUUACUCGUUGGAUGGAUGGUUGGGAAACGUUUAGUUUUUGUAAGCAUAUUUUGAAUUUGAAAAUGAACAUUUUGCAGUGCAGUCAGAUCAUUAAAGAAAGUCAUUAGACUACAGCAUUAACAAAAUUUAUAAGUGUGAUAAUUUGCGAGAAAUACACAGGGGGAUAUACGUGUAGGAAAGUUAUAAAAUAAAGCACAAGCAUUCAUAAUAUAGUUUAGAAAAAAAAAACAAGUGUUUUGUUAAUUCUUGGCAUGUAAAAUAAAAUAAAAUUUCCUUUAAUGUCUUAAACUCCAAUGCAUUAGCAGUUAAAGUGUCAUCAGUAAGUUAUAUUUUUUUAUUUACCACCUCUGUACAGCAACAAUGAUAUCAGUGAUUUUAAGCUUGUCUAUCAUGGCAGAUAGUUAUUUUUAUUGUUAUAGAUUGUAUGUGAAAUAUUGUAAAAAAAAAAAAAAAAAAAAAAAAAUGAUAGACACUGGUAGUGCACUGGUGCUAUUAAAUUAGUAUUACAUUGUAGAAUAUUUAGUAAUAAUUUUUACAAUAAGUGUUGUAAAUGUUUUUAAUAUUUGUGUAAAUUACUGUACAUUGUGUAGAUAAUUUGCAUAUUGUUAUUGUAAGUACUGUAGGUAUGUGAUGUGUGCAAGCCACAUAAAUGUGCAUGUGUUUUGUUAUUGGCUUUCUGAGUUUGUUCCGUGUGUAACUAGAAAUCAGUGCCUAUCACACAGUAAUAUAAAUUUUAGGGGUAGAUUAGUUUAGUAGAAGGUUCAAAGUUACUUCUGUUACCUAGAUUAGGUUUGUAGUUAAAUGCACCUAUUACAUUUUAUAUAAAUAUAUGGAGUUUGAUGAUAAAAACAUAAUUUUUUACAGUGGGGUAUGAAUAAAACUGCAGUGAAUACCAUUACAAUCCAGUAAUUAAUAGUUUAUAUUUUCUUAAUUUUUAUUUUCUAUGUAAAGUUGCCAAUAUUAACUAUGUAGAUUUUCAAUUUCUCUCUUUAAAUAUUUGACCUCAUGUGUUCAUGUAAAGUCUUACUCAUUAUAGGUUCUAAGUAGUGUUAUUCUUAUGAGGGAAUUAUUCAGUAUAGUAGGGAUGAAUUACAGGAAAUAAUAACAUGAUAAUCUUUUUUUUUUUAGCAUUUUUCAUGGCUAAUGUCUUGAUAGUAUGUAGAGCUCAAAUAUAAAGAAAUGUGUAUAAUUUAGUUGGUCUGAAUUAAACAAGAACAAAACAACCCUCAGCAGAACAUGUAAUUACACAGAACACACUUAGGUAAUAACAUUUUUGCUUUGACUAAAUUGAUGUUCACACGCUAGAGGUUUUGUACUACAAAAUGCAAAGCUAGUCCUUAAUAUUUCAACUCAAAGUUGUAUAGAAACAUGAGAAGUCUUAUUUAACAUGCUAUUAGUGUAUUUAUGGCAUGGAUCAUUAAUCAGUAUUAAUGACAGUGUUUAUAUAGUUGAUAAAUGCUGAAUUUUAACCAGUAGAUUUUUAAGUUGUGUACAUUUAUGCUUGUAUACUUAACAUUAAUUUCUUGAUGCAAUAAUAUAUGAAAACAGAAUUUAUAAUGGAUUUGAUGUCCUUCGAAUCAUACGUUUUUUCCAUAUUCAUGUAUUAAUUUAUUUUCAAAUCAAUUUACAUUGAAUGCAUUAUACACUAUAUUUGUGUUAUAAGUGCAUUGUAAUGCUAUUAUCAUGAUAAUCAGAAUUUCAAAUUUAACCCAAGAGGAAAGUGUGUAUGUGCAAGAUAAUUUUACCUUGCCAUGUAUAGCCAUUGCAAGGAAGGUACCACUUGUCAUGUUCAGUUUUGUACUACUAGUACAAAACAUCUGCAUAAAUACUGUUGUCUCAUCCUAUAGGUUUGACCUGCAGCUCAGUGCAUCACUCUUGGGAGUAAUACAUGUAUCUUGACUCCUUUUUUUUUUUUUUUUUAUUGCUUGAAUUUUGUCCUAUGAUAACUUUUCUUUAUCUUCCACUGAAGUUUUCCCAUCAAUAUUUUGUACUGGUAACCAGUUGAGAAGCAUAAGUUUUGACUUAAGUAUUAUUAUUAUAUAACGCAGUGCAAGACAUGGCCUCUCGGAGGGUUCGUGUACACACAUUCAUUACCAAAGAAUCAUAAGAUUAUUAAUUAUGUUAUCUUGUUGAUAUAAUGUCUUCUUUAUAACAAGCAUUUUUGUACUGUUCUAUACUGUAUUAUAUUAGUCAUUUUUCUAUACAUUACUAUAUUUAGUUUCAGUAAUUUAAUUACCUAUAUUGAAUUAAAUAGUUUAGUCAUUAUUUUAAUUAAGUGUAUACUUGGGGUCAGUUAUUGAAUAAUUUCAUGUAAUUUAAUUUAGUUUUGUUGUUAUUCAGUUACAAGGAAGUUAGUAUAAUGAUGGUGAGAUUUAUUCCAAUACCCAUCUGCCCAUAAUGCCAAAGAAUAAUAAUAACCCUAGUCGCCAACUAGCCAAAAAUUCCUUAAAUAUAUAUAUUCUCUCGGUGUUCCUUCAUAAUUAUGAUGAGAUGACGUGUCUACAUGUCAACAAAACAAAAUAGUAAUUAAAUUUCAAACUGUAGUAUUAAAAAAAAAACUUGAGCUGGAUUUAUAUCUAAUAUUUGUCCUGCAUUUAUAUAUACUGUAAAUAUAUUCACUCGUGUCUGGCAGUUACUAGCAGUACUUCUCACCAAUUUUUCAAGUAAAGGUUUUAAUGUCUUGACAUUUCGGUAUAUUUUGCAAAAAUGUUUCACCUAUAUUUGUUUUUGUAUACACUGAAAAAUACAUUUUUUCUGAAAUAUUAACUAUGCUUAUGUAUUAAUUUAUGUACUGUAUCAAACAAUUUGAUGAUGCAAAUUUUUUUUUUAUGGAAAUUUAAAUUAUUAUUAGUCUCUGUAGCAAAGAGUCAAAGUUGGAAAUAUUCUUGCAUCAAUUUAUCUAAUGUUGAGAUCCAUUUUAGUACCACAAGCAUGAAAUGUAUUCAUGUUCUAAGAAAUCAGAAAUAAUGUUAUUUUUCACCUGUGACUUUUAUGUGCCUUUAAUAUUAACAAAAAUGAUCAAUAAAUUUUCAGUGCACUGAGCGUAGUCUUGGUGAGUAGUAAUACAGUAUGGGAAGGGUCACAUCUAAUUUUAAUUUUCUUUAUCAGAUAGUUAUGCUGUAUAUCAGGGUGAUGGAAUCUGUUUUCAGGCAACUGCCUGAAUUGCUUCAGUAUUAGUUUAACUAAUGCUUCAGUAUUAGCUUAACUAAUGCUUCAGUAUUAGCUAAACUAAUUCUGACUGGUUUAAAAUAUUUCCUUAUCCUGUUAAAAAACCACACUCUUCAUGUAGAUAUUAAAUUUGUGUGAUAUUUUGUUCUGUUUAUUAUUACAUAUCCAUGUAUAGCUUUAAGAUCAACACGGGACUAACAAAUUGUGAUGUUAAUAAUUGCUGUGGUUCUUUCAAUAUCUUGACUGUACUUUUUCUGACUUAGAAUCUUUGUCUUUUCUUAUUAUUGUCUGAGAGAUAAGUGGUUAAAUUUAUUCCAUAAUAUGCAAACCAUGUGAUUUAAAAGUCAUGUAGAGAAUCUUUAUAUGACUUAACACAAUAUAUUAAAACAAACAAGCCUAGUCAGUUUAUGACACUAUUUACACAAAAUAUUGUUCUCUGUAAUAAAAUAAAGUUGCUGCAUUUAGUCAUCAA